UCGUCUUUCUCUGGCUGCGCUGCGCAUUUGAACUUCUCUCUCUCUUCUUUUCUUCUGACCCUCUGUGCAUCCACAUCCUCUCUCAGCCCCUCAUUACUGUCCAUAUUUUUUCUCUACUCUAUUUACAGUCCUAUACAUUACUGACCCCCUGCUAAAUACUCCCCCCACUCUUCCUCCACUCGCGCUGUCUCCCCAUCCUCCUCCUCCUCCUUCUCUCUCUCUCUCUCUCUCUCUCUCCCUCUCUGUCCCUCUCCCUCACUCCAUCUCUCUCUCUCUCUCUUUCUCAUUCUCUCACACCACCUGUUAGUGCAGACCCGUAUGCUGUGGAAUCCACUUGUUUAUGAGGGACUCUUCCACACUCCUGCAAUCAGAGCUCUAUGACGGUGCGUAAAGGAAAUAAACUCACCAUCUCCAUCCAGGAACACAUGGCCAUAGACGUCUGCCCAGGCCCAAUCCGACCAAUCAGACAAAUCUCAGCCUACUUCCCCCGCCUCUCCCCGACCGGCGAGCCCCUCUCCCCAAACCCUGCUGCCUCUCCAUUGGCUCUCAGCCCUGGGGGCGGGGCCUCUGGAGUGGGGAGCAGUGCACUCCUCUCCCCUUCGAAGGCGGGGGCAAGGGGAGGGGGCGGGACUUUAUCUGCCGCAAGUAGCAUCGAGACAUCAGUGGACAUCCACAGCUCCGACAGCGAUGACUGCACGGCUUUAGGCACAUUAGAGUUCGAGCUCCGGUAUGAGAGAGCAACCAGCUCGCUUCACUGCACCAUCAUUAGAGCUAAGGGCCUGAAGCCCAUGGAUUUCAACGGCCUGUCGGACCCAUAUGUCAAGCUCCAUCUUCUGCCAGGAGCUUCUAAAGCUAAUAAGCUGAAAACCAAAACGGUGAGGAAUUCUCUGAAUCCGGUCUGGAAUGAGACACUAACGUACAUCGGAAUCACAGAGGAAGACAUGCACAGGAAGACCCUGAGGUUAUCGGUGUGUGAUGAGGACAAGCUGACUCAUAAUGAGUUUAUUGGCGAGUCAAGGGUGGCUCUGAGGCGUGUGAAACCAGACCAGACGAAGCGCUUCUACACCUGUUUGGAGCAUCCGCCACCUCUUCCCUCCCCAACAGCUAUGGGAGCAGCACUGCGAGGAAUCUCCUGCUACCUUAGAGAGUGGGAGAACGAGCAGUUGCACAGUUUGGAGGAGAGGGGUCGUCUGCUGCUCUCGCUGCAGUUCCUGCCCCCGCCCGAGGAGGGGGACGGUGAAGGUCGGCGGGGGGGCCUGUGGGUCGGAGUGCUGCGCUGUGCCCACCUGGCAGCCAUGGAUGUCAACGGCUUCUCUGACCCCUACGUCAAAACAUAUCUGAAGCCAGACGUGAAGAAGAAAUCGAAGCAUAAAACGGCGGUGAUUAAAAAGACCCUUAACCCAGAAUUCAACGAGGAGUUCUUUUAUGAGAUCUCCCUCUCAGAACUGGUCAGCAAGACGCUGGAGGUCACAGUGUGGGACUACGAUCUGGGCCGCUCCAACGAUUUCAUAGGUGGAGUGUGCCUGAGCUGUCACUCUCAAGGAGACGCCCUGCGCCACUGGAUGGACUGCCUGAGGAAUAAGGGGCAGAAGGUGGAGCGAUGGCAUGUUCUCACCAACGAGCUCCCUCAGAGCACCUGCCAGGACUGAAGAGGAGCGACAGUGACUGGCUGUUUAUUAGAGGAGCUGGAGGAAACGUGGUGGGCAUUAGGAUGGCUGAGAUGUCUGUGGUGGGGGGUCUCUCUUAAUGCUAUAUGGAGCAUAAAUGCUGGAGAUUACA